GUGCGGGGCCCUGUUUCCGCUGGGCCGUUCGUGAAAUGGUGGCGCUUCUUGGCGAGCGGGGCGGUGAUUCGCUGCGUUUGGCGAGGUGUUGUUUUGUGCUUUGGUCUGCGUCCUUUUAAAGCGUAGCUGUGAGCCUCAGGGAGCCGGGAGGUUCUCCGUGCUGCAAAUAUUUGAGAAUUUGCUGCUGCUCGGAUCAGGGUGCUAUCGGUGCCUGGCGUUACUUUUCUGGUUCGCGUGGUUUUUACCAAGUUAAUGGGAAGGAGAAUCCUUUUCCCAAAGAGAAUCUGUAACUGGUUUUAGUCAGGAAAGUAAGCAGGAAAAGGACCCGAUUUUAAACUUUCGCUGCGAAUUUAUAAUUGAUGCACAUGGAAACAGCUGGGCAGCGUGAGAGGUGUUUGAGUUCCUUUUCCAAUCUCUUGAAAUGCUCUCUAGUACAUCUUUUAUUUUCUGUAGAAAUGCUUUAGGAGGGUGGGGGGAGGGGCAAGCAGUUUUUCCCUUGCAUUUUCUGUCUGUUGGAACAAAUUGCCCAGGCCAGCAGCACCACUUUCUGUUCCUCUGGAGGGUUUUGAACCAGAAGUGGAUUGGCUCCUUAAAUGCGUUGUAAGGAGCUAUCGGUCUCUGGGCCAUACUUGCUUUCUGUCCCUACGCUGCAGACUUUGUGUCAUCUCUGUGGCUUUAGGAAUGUUUUUGGCAAAUGCAGCGUCAGGGUUAAGUCGUGUGCCAAACCAUGGAGCGGUUCAGGUUGGAGGAGCCCUCUGAAGACAGUCUGCUUCCAGCUCCUGUGUGCAGUUUGUGCGGGCAGCUGGAAGAGAACGUCAUGCAGAGCGUGUGAGCAGGGAGUUGGAUGCAUGCUAUAAAUGUAUUUUACCAACUGCUUCGUUUAGCCAUGGUUGCUUAGAUUCAGUGAGAAGCUGCUGUGUGCGUUCAGCUUGAAGAUACCAUGGGCUUCUCUGUUUUGAAUGGAGUUCAAUCAAUACCCAGUUUAGAAGUUUGUGAAUAAGCUGUCAGAACUUGAGAGCUGGAGGAAGUUGGCUGAAGGUUUUCUUUCUUUUUUAUUUUUAAAGAUCACUUUGAUUUCACUUUUUAUGUGAAAAGGGCAUUUGGAGUCGAAUGUUUCUUUAGGCCUCAUGCUAAUUUCCAUUUGAUGCUGUCACUUUGCCUUCUGUCAAAGCCUUGUGCCUAACAUUGUUGCUUAGAAUGGUGGUUUUUCUGUGUCCCAGCAGAAAAGGAACUUGAAGAACAGGCGAAGCACUUGAGAUAAUUUGUGCCUAGGUAGUGUUUUUCAAGCAGUCCCUGCAAGGCUACUGAAAGCACAGCUGUUUACAGAAUCAUCUCUGGUGACCUCAGCUCAGCUUCACAGCAGGGAGAAAAGGUUUGAUAUGUGUUUAAUUGUGCUGAGGAAACAGAAAAGCAAGAACUGCGUUGUGCUGUCUGUGCAGAGGUGAUGUUUGCAUAACGUGCUGUUCUGUGGGCUGUUUGAGAAUACAGAGGCAAACUGGAGGAUUUGUGUGUACAGAAGUCCGUGUAUUAAUUGUGAUUGUCUGCUUCUCUUUCAGAUUGAAGCAAGUGAAUUCUGAUAUAACUCAGCUUUGUUAGAGGGCUUUUUUUUUUUUUUAAAGAAAAAAAAAGUUGAUCCACAGUGCAUCAGAGCAAGUUACUACUUUACUUUUGAGUGACUUACAGGUGCUUGCCUGCAUUGCAAUAAAGGACUCAUAUAUUGAGCAAGACUUAUUUAUCUCUUCAUUUUGGAGAGUCUAAUAAACUGUUAUUACAGUUUCUGUACUGACUUUCAAAGUUUUGAAGUCUAAAAAGACAUCUUUAAACAUAGAAACAUGAGCACGGCCAGAACAGAGAACCCUGUUAUAAUGGGUCUAUCCAGUCAGAACGGGCAGUUGAGAGGCCCUGUGAAACCCAGCGGGGGCCCAGGAGGUGGAGGCACACAGACUCAGCAACAGAUGAACCAGCUGAAAAAUGCCAACACGAUCAACAACGGCACCCAACAGCAAGCACAGAGCAUGACCACCACUAUUAAACCUGGCGAUGACUGGAAGAAGACUUUAAAACUCCCUCCAAAGGAUUUGAGAAUCAAAACUUCUGACGUGACCUCCACAAAAGGAAAUGAGUUUGAAGAUUACUGUUUGAAACGGGAGUUGCUGAUGGGAAUUUUUGAAAUGGGCUGGGAAAAGCCAUCUCCUAUUCAGGAGGAGAGCAUCCCCAUUGCUUUAUCUGGUAGGGAUAUCUUGGCUAGAGCGAAAAAUGGAACAGGCAAGAGUGGAGCCUACCUCAUUCCCUUACUUGAACGGCUAGACUUAAAGAAGGACAACAUACAAGCAAUGGUGAUUGUUCCCACCCGUGAGCUAGCCCUGCAGGUCAGUCAAAUCUGUAUCCAAGUCAGCAAACACAUGGGAGGUGCCAAAGUGAUGGCAACAACAGGAGGAACCAAUUUGCGAGAUGACAUAAUGAGGCUUGAUGAUACAGUGCAUGUGGUGAUAGCUACCCCUGGAAGAAUCCUCGAUCUCAUCAAGAAAGGAGUAGCAAAAGUUGAGCAUGUCCAGAUGAUAGUAUUGGAUGAGGCAGAUAAGUUGCUGUCUCAAGAUUUUGUUCAGAUAAUGGAAGACAUUAUUCUCACGCUACCUAAAAACAGACAGAUUUUGCUCUACUCAGCCACUUUCCCUCUGAGUGUACAGAAGUUCAUGAAUUCCCAUUUGCAGAAACCCUAUGAGAUUAAUCUGAUGGAGGAGCUGACCUUGAAGGGAGUUACCCAGUACUAUGCCUACGUCACCGAGCGUCAGAAGGUUCACUGCCUCAACACGCUGUUUUCCAGGCUCCAGAUCAACCAGUCGAUCAUUUUCUGCAACUCCUCUCAGCGGGUUGAAUUGCUAGCCAAAAAGAUCUCCCAGUUGGGCUAUUCCUGCUUCUACAUCCAUGCUAAAAUGAGGCAGGAGCAUCGCAACCGCGUGUUCCAUGAUUUCCGAAAUGGCUUAUGCCGCAAUCUUGUUUGCACUGAUCUGUUUACCCGAGGUAUUGAUAUCCAAGCUGUGAAUGUGGUGAUAAACUUUGAUUUUCCAAAGCUGGCAGAGACUUAUCUCCAUCGUAUUGGCAGAUCAGGUCGCUUUGGACAUCUCGGCCUGGCCAUCAACUUGAUCACCUAUGAUGAUCGAUUCAACCUGAAAAGUAUUGAGGAGCAGUUGGGAACUGAAAUCAAACCCAUACCAAGCAACAUUGACAAGAGCCUUUACGUGGCAGAAUACCACAGUGAACCUGUAGAAGAUGAGAAACAGUAACCAUGCUUUGACUACAUAUGCCAGAAGGUGAAGCCCUUUGAUCCACAUCUGUGACACAUCAUUUCUCUGGGGAUACCCUUCUCUUUGUGGGUUUUUCUUCGUCUUUUCAUUUUGGAACUAUGAAGACUAAAGAGCUCGGCCUUUUUUCUUUUUAAAUUUGGCAGCAAGGAAGAAAGAAGAUGAAAGGAGGAAUGUCUUUUUGUUUUUCCACUCGUUUGCACUGUGUGCUGAUUGAACAUUAGUUGCACUAACUGCUGGUUUUAAAUUUUUUUUCUUUGGGUGGGAGGGGCAGCAAGGGAAGAAGAGAAACCCUGGAAAGAGAAGAAUCUUUGAACACGAGCUUGUCUGCGAUUUCAAAUUCUCCAACCGUCGACUGAGUGCAUUUCAACUUCUCCCUGGUUACUCAUCUGUUUUGAAGCUAAAGAGCUUGUUACUUAUUCGUGCAAAGUGCCUUAUGCUAUGAGACCAUUCAGAACAUCACCUUUGUGACGCAGCCCGAGGAGUCAGCCGCCGUUUUUGGUUUCAGGUCAAAGUUCCCCUCUCUCCCCCCUCUCUUCCUCUCCAAGUACUCGAGGCCAGGGCUGUGAGGUGAAACUUAUUGGUAAUACUACUUUGUCUUCAACUUCUGUUUCCUUUUUGUUUUUUUUCUUUAGUUGGAGGAGUUGAUAUGCAUCUGCAGUUCACCCACACUGUAAAUACCUGUAUUUAAAACAAAACCAACUUAAAAUCUGGGCUGAUUAGGUGCAGCAUCGUAGCUCCAGAAGGAAAGAGUAGCCUGUCAUCUCUUGCAGGAGCCAUAAGAAAACCCCUAUGCUCUAGCAGAACACUAAAGACUGGUUACCAUAAGUCUCCAUUAGUAGUUCCAGCACUUGAUAUGUAGACUUGUUUCAGAGCCGUGGCCCUCUUUCCUCUGGUGCAGUGUGUCCCAUAGAAAAUCAGAUGUGUAUAUUGUACAAACUUUGUAAAUAUUUUUUUUUUUCCUGUUUGGGUUCAUAUAUAACUUUUUUGUUCUUUUUUUUUUUUUUUUUUUUUUGAUGAAGGUUGCUGGGGUUAAAGGGAUUUGACUGAUUAUGGGAGCAGCUAAAGAUGAGAGGGGCUCAGUUUUCUGCAACACUAAGCGAUGAGAAAUGCUGUGAGCAGGGCAGCCUCCUCGUGUGCCCCUGGUCGGGGUGGGUUUGCUCCGCUGUCAGCAACGCUGCCGGUGCCACUCGUGUGGAGGAGAUCAUUUGCGAGGCCCUGAGGUCUCAGCAGUCUGUGGCUCAGCUCGUUUGAGACGCUCUUCAAUUUUCCCCUUAGAAACUUCAGGAACUUGGCAAGCUCUGAAGGUGCCACGAGCCGCGUUCUGCGUGGCACGAGGGGAUGCGGCGGGUGUCAGCGCUGCUGAGCAGGACGUGCGUAAGGCGUGGAUUUGGGCUUAAACCAUAGGAAACUGAGAUGCAUGAACGGACAGUUCUGGAGCUCGAUGGGAACGAUUGAUUUCCUGCAGCGUUGCGUAUUUUCUGCCCAGCACGACCUCAGUACAGACGUUGGGUGAGCAGGGCAGGUGAAGCCCUGUCCGUGUGCCUGGGGCUGCAGAGAGCUGCUCGCCAUCGCUCUGUUCAGGCACCGCUUGCUGCCUGUCGCUGGGACGCCUCCUGGUCAAACGGUGUUGCUUUAAAUUGUGCCCCUCCCAACAUGCUUGAUGUUUGGCCUGAUCUCCAGGCAAAAGGAGUGAGACAAAUCAAACUGUAAACUUUUAAAAUUCCCUUUUAGCCUGUUCAACAACAGCGUCAGGAGGCACCUGGACAAAUGCAAUCCCUUCUGCUCAUUUAUUCUGUAUACAGAUGCUGCACUCACACUAUGCUUGCUUACUUUGAGGCAGGAAUUAAUUAAUUGUCUUAAUUUCUCCCUUUUUUUCACCCCUCCCACACUUUUUUCUGUUGUUCUGAGUAUGAUUGGAACCAAAAGGCAGACUUUCCUGUCCUUUUCCUCGAGGAACACACUCACCAAACCAGGUGCCUCCUGACAACAGCUUUACAAGAUGAUGGAAAGGGUGGUUUUUUUUGUUUUUUUUUUUUUUUUUUUGUGUCAGCAGUGACUCCGUAACUGUAGCAAAUGCUGCACUAGAGUACAAACUCAAGAGCUUGGUCACAGACACUCUGUGAGCCACACAGCUUACAUUUGACUGGCAGGUACUAAAUGUAAACAACUUUGGGGUGCUGGGAGGGGGGCGGGGGUGGGACUUUGUGGGUGCAAACUUUGACCAAAAGUAAAAUCUUGCUCUUGUACUGCAGCCAGCUUAUGAUUUUUCCAGAGAGUCAGAAGAGGGAUCGUUUUAGUGCAACAAAGACAUGACAAAUGUAAAUACAAGUGUAGGAUCUUGGCGGGGCACACGCGUGUGGCAAGAACAGGACAGCAGUGUGGGGUGAGGUGCGUGUGCUCUGCUUGAUGGGGGCAGUGAGCCCGGUGCCAUGCUCUGAUGGUCCCUCUUGAAGCACAGAACUUUUAAAUGGAAAGUAUUACUUUAAACUUGGCCUCUUAUUGAGGAUUGGCACUUACCUGAGUAUCGGGGGCACCAUUUCUAGGCGGCUUCCAGUGCUGAAGGAAGCAGCCUAUUCUUGGUGCUAACAGGCUAUCUCCAACAGAUGCAAACGGAAAGAUGCUCCAAACGACUAGGGUAAGCCUAGGGUUUUUUUUCCUUUGUUUGUUUUUCUCCCCGAGAUCAAUUGUGAAUGGAUUUUGGCUUCUUGAGAUUCCUUGUAACACCCUGUUCUUUUUCUGGUCGUGCCAGCCUUUGCAUUUGUGCAUUGCUUGGAGCCAGUCUCUUCCUUCAGCAGAGGAGCCCUUGGGCCAAAUACUUCCUUUGACAAAGAUGGCAUCAAUGAUAAUACGAGUAAUUCUGCAUUUUUUCCUCCCAAAAGUCUAAAACUCCUUGAAUUGAGUUGAAAUGGCCACAAAGAGAUGGACACCAAUCUGCAGCCAAUUUAUUCCGAUCAGCUGCAGGCCGGCCUCAGGGUGCAGCUCUGUAGGGCUUUCCCUCGGGGGGGUUGGGGGGUGGGUUGGUCUCAAAUAGGUCUUUUAAUUUCCAGAAUGAGAUGGGAGCAUCUUUCCUUUGCGCUCUGCGACUUGUUGUUGUUGUUGUUGUGGGUAAGAACACGGAAGCUCGGUAUGAAUUUGUCGUACGCACGUUGGUAUCAAAUCAUCUCAUUCUGAUUUUGAUUUUGAUUUUUUUUACUCGGGUUGGGGGUGGGUGUCUGCUCUCAGGAUUUAAAAAUGCUUCGCGCCUUGUGAUGGAAGUGAUGGGGAGGGGGGCAGCCUGCAGCACAGCGCUGUGCAGCGGCUCCGUCCUGCAGGAGGCCGCAGUGCAGCUGAGCGCAGCGCAGCUCCCUUCUGCUGUCGUGCAGUUGGGCACAACAGCCAUUCCAACUGCUGGGAACUCGCAGCCUCUUUAAUUGGAGUUGAUAAUAAACGAGGGCUCUGGACCAGAGAGCAUCUGGAGGCUGUGCUGCAUCGUCCCCUGCCUUCGGCUCGGUUCCUGCGGCGUUGCUGACGUGUCUGCGUGGAAGCAUUUUUAAAUUCUGCUUUAGACGAGGGAAGGGUAAGGAGGGGUGGUGGGAGGGAUGGGUUUAUUAAGAUACAGCCUUGCUGUAUUUUAACCAAUAAUUAAAGGGAAGGGGUGGCAGGAGAAGAAAACAGUCAUUGUUCCCGUUACAGAAAAAAAAAAACAAAAAUAAAAGCAACUUUAUUUGAAGAAAAAAAUAUUGCAGUUCAGGUGGGGCAUCAUAACCCACCGGUCCCUAGUCAGGAAGUUGAAUGUUACUGUUAAUCAGUGAACAACACGGACAAAUCAUUGCAAACUUUUGGGGGGGAGGGGAAAAUUGGCGUUUGGUUAAAUUGGUAAUUGGCAAACUCUCCGGCGGAGCUGAGAAUUGGUUGAGAAUGUAUUUCUGGAUGCGUGUGUGUCGCAGCACCGACUCGCAGAGAGUUUCACGAGUUCAGAGUGCGAAAAUAAGACAUGAUAAAAUCCUGAUUUUGUUGAUUUAAACUCAAUAAAAGCUCCCUGGAACACCA